AUGGUGGGCCAAGCGAAAUCCUCCCCUCAGCAAAUCCGCACCGUCACGACGGACCUCCUCAAGAUUAACCACCCCGUCAUGCUGGCCGGCAUGAACGUCGCCGCAGGCCCCAAGCUUGCCGCCGCCGUCUCCAACGCCGGAGGAAUCGGUGUCAUUGGCGGUGUUGGAUACACUCCAGACAUGCUCCGGGAGCAGAUUGCAGAAUUGAAGGGCUUCCUCGAUGAUAAGAAUGCGCCGUUCGGUGUGGAUCUCCUCCUGCCGCAGGUCGGUGGUAGCGCACGAAAGACCAACUACGACUACACCAAGGGCAAGCUCAACGAACUCGUCCAAAUCACCAUCGACUCCGGCGCCCGCCUGUUCGUCUCCGCCGUCGGUGUCCCACCCAAGGAAGUCGUCGACAAGCUCCACGCCGCCGGCGUCCUCUACAUGAACAUGAUCGGCCACCCCAAGCACGUCAAGAAGUGCCUCGACCUCGGCGUCGACCUGAUCUGCGCCCAGGGCGGUGAGGGAGGAGGCCACACCGGUGAUGUCCCAACGACCAUCCUCAUCCCCGAAGUCGCCAGACUCGUCAAGGGCCACAAGAGCCCUAUGACCGGCCAGCCCGUGCAGGUCAUUGCCGCAGGUGGUAUCUUCAACGGCCAGACCCUCGCAGCAGCCCUCUCGCUCGGUGCCAGCGCCGUCUGGGUCGGAACUCGAUUUGUCCUGUCAGAGGAAGCCGGUGCCCCACGCGCCCACCAAGAAGCCGUCCAAACCGCCGGCUUCGACGACAACGUCCGCACCAUCAUCUUCACCGGCCGUCCGCUCCGCGUGCGCAACAACCCCUACAUCCAAAACUGGGAAGAGAACCGACAGAACGAGAUCAAGGAGUUGACCUCCAAGGGCUCGAUCCCCGUCGAGUGGGACAUUGAGCGCCUGGGCGAUGAUGUCGACGAUGAUACUAUGGAUAACGCAAGGCCGUUCUUGAUGGGCAAGGCGUCGGCGGUGGUCAAUGAGAGGAAGAGCGCCAAGGUGAUCAUCGAUGAGAUGGUGAGCGAGGCGGUGGGUGUGAUUAACAGCAACAAUUCGUUGGUUGUUAGCAGGAGCAGGUUGUAG